AUGAAUGUUGACAUUAGCCAAUCUCUGGGAAUGAUUCCUGUACUGUAUAUUGUAUUGAAUAAGUCAACCAAUAUUCCAAUUUGCUGUUCUUCUAUUAACCGUAUUAUAUUGGGUGUUACCCCGUCUUUAAGACCCGAAGUGUGGAAGUUUCUACUGGACUACUUCCCUUGGUCCAGCACAGAAACCGAAAGACAAAAACUUCAAGCUGUUAAAAGCGACGAAUAUUACAACAUGAAAUUGCAAUGGAAACGAAUGACCAAAGUUCAAGAAGAUAACUUCUCUGAUUAUCGAGAAAGAAAAAGUUUAAUAGAGAAAGAUGUAAAUAGAACUGAUAGAACGUUGGAUUUUUACGCCGGUGACAACAAUGCUAAUUUACAGACGUUAAAUGAUAUCCUUAUGACGUAUAUAAUGUACAAUUUUGAUUUAGGUUAUGUUCAAGGAAUGAGCGAUCUGUUAAGUCCGAUUUUGAUGUUGUUGGACAAUGAGGUAGACUCGUUUUGGUGUUUUGUAGGAUUCAUGAAUAAAGUAGAGGCUAGCACAGAAUAUACACUGAAACAAAUAGAUGACAUUGAAGAUAUUAUAGACGCGAACUGGGAGAAAAUUAAAAACAACAUUGAAGAAGCAGCAACAGAAGCUCUAGAAAAACGUAAGGUCAUACUGAACAAAAGAUACAACAACAAUACAUCAUGGUUCAGAAAAGAAAUAAAAGAGAAAUGUAAAGAGAAACGAGAGGCCUACACGAAAUACAAAACAUCAAAUACUCAAGAAUCUCGAGACACCUAUAGAAGAAUACGAAAUGAAACAAAGCAGUUGGUAAGAAGAACAAAAAAUGAAUACUGGGAAUAG